UUUAAUUCCUUUUUAGCCCUCCAGCUAUGGGCAAGAAGCAGCCUCUGGCCGCCGUUCAAAAAGCAAAAGGAGGCCCUGAUAUUACAAAGUUCUUUGGUCGAAAGCCGAGCGGUGGCAAAGAGGCGACUCCAGGCCGCAACACCGGCGUUGCCGGGGUCCGGGCCCCGGGCGGCCGGGCACCCACCCCCGGCAAGCACCUCCUCGACAAUGUGUUGUUGAGCCAGGACGUGGACGACGGCCUGCAGGUGGUGUGGGCCAGCUCGCCGACGGCUGCGCUCUCGCCGCAAAAGGCUACGGGCGAGUCACAGGACACGGCGCGGACAGCCUCGCAACAGCACACCCAGGGCGGCAACAACUCACAGGCCAGCCGGGACGGGUUCCGUCGGGCCCUAGCACUAGCGGCGCAUAAGGCGGCGUCCGAUGUGCCCAAGCUGGACAUUGAGGAUUUAGCCGGGUAUGCAGGAGGGAGCCAGGCGCAGUCCCAGGUGCAGGCGAAGGAGCAGCCGCAUGACGAGAACGCGGCGCCGGAGCUGCAGCAGCUGCAGGAGAGGAAGAGCAGUCACCGGUUGGCAUCGACAUCGUCGACAGGAGGUGCGGGCGGCAGCCAUGGGACGAAACGGCAACGCAGUGGCAACUUGGGACAGCUCUGUGCCGGCGACCGUCGCAGCGCAGCAGCACUGGGAUUAGACAAGGCGCUAGCGGCGCAGGUGUCUGUUGUGGCGCCUGUGCUUACUGCUGUGGCUGAAGGGGCGGCAGCGGCUGCGACCGACGGCAAUGCGGACUGUGCUGGCAGGGGGGACGCAGACGCUGCCGCAGCGGCAGCACCAGCGGCCCCGGAAGGCACAGACGCGGUCGCGCUGAGCGCAGAUGCGCACGCAGUGGCGGAGGCGGCGUUUGAUGCGGAGGAGGAGCAGCUGAUGGCGGAGGCGAUGGCGGGCCUGGAGUACAAGACGCCGGCAGCAGCUCGGCAGCAGGCCCGGCUGGGCCGCUCCGCCUUGUGCCGAAACACAGACGCAGGGCGCCUUGCCGGUGGCUCGGGUACACCGGCCCUUCUCAGUCUCGGGGGCGGGGCGGCUGCAGCAGCCGGCCGCAAGCGGCCGCUGCUGACCUGCAGCAACAAGAAGGGUGCUUCUGCGUCGGGCUCGGUGCACAAGCGGCGGGCGCUGCUGGACCUGCUGGACCAGGUGGAGCUGAUGGUCAAGCAGCGGACGCAGCCCUCCCAGGCGAAUGCAGGCGCCCAGCCGCCCGGCAGGGGUCCCGGGCAGGCGGUGGCGGCAGCCGACAGCCCGCUUGCCGCCGGCUGCACCGCACCUGAGCCCAUGGCCACAGAGGGCGAUGCAUCCUUGCCGGCGGCCUGCACCGAGGCGGCGGCCACCGGGGAUCAUGCACCAGACAUGGCGGAGCCCGCUAGCCAGACGCCGCCGCCCCUGGUGUACACACGGGCCGGAGCGACACCCGAGCCCGGCGGUCUCGAUGAGACGCCUGUCGUGCAGCCGUCCCUGGACAUGGUCGCGUGUACGCUCGUGUCGCCCACACAGCCACUGCAGCCGGGCGCGCCCCAGCCCAGUGCCGCCGGUUGCCUGGGCCCUGGCAUGACGCUGCCGCCCGCUCGCCGCGCCAUGCAAAGCGGGCCGUCAGGGCCAGGGUUGGCAGCCGGGCCUGCGACUGCGUGUGGGCUACGGCCUGGCUUUGAAUCCCGGGUAACAGCGCCAGGGCCCUUCGGCGACCUCGCGCCCUUGGGUGGGCCAGAGCCAGCGCCCAUUGUGCUGCGGCCCCCAGCCGGCAGCUCCUCAGCUUCGGCUAAGGGCUUGACGGCGAUGUCCUUGGCUGACGACGACGAAGAUGACAUAGACCUGGAAGCGUUGGAGCUGAUCGAUCAGAUGCACGGCAUACAGGCCGGCAGCAGCGGCAACAGCAGCGGAGGAGCAGGUAAAUUCAGCGGCGCCCAAGCAGCAACAACUGUGGGCACCAAAGCAGCGGACUGUUGCAUACAGGCGGGGUCGAUGCAGGCUACGGCGCCCGGCAGCACAAGUGGCACUGCGGACGCGCUGCCGAUGACGCAGGCGUUGCCGCCAGCCGCUGUUGUGGUUGGGCCUGCCGCGCGGUUUCCGCGACCCCCGCUCGCGCCCGGCUCUCUAUCAGCCGUGUCCAAUCGGUACGAGCCGCCGUGGCAGGCGCCUCAGUCUGUACAGCCCCUUUUGCAGCCGCAGCAAAUGCACCAGCCGCAGGCGCUCCGUUCGCAAGCGGCGAAGCCGGUGCAGGCCUCUGUGCCGGCCGAGCUGCUACACCAGCAGCCACCGCAGCUGCCGCAACCGGCAGCCAUGUGCAACCAGCCACAGCAGCCCACGCCCGCGCAGCAGCUUGUCGUGCAGCCGCAGCCCGCACCGCCAGCGCUCAUGCUGGCACCACGCGCUUCGACUACAUCGGGCGGCGGAGACGGCUGGGACGACGAUGACGACGGUGUUGACUUUGAUAUUGAUGCCGUGGUUGCCAAAGCGGUCAGCAACAGCCGGCCGGCCAGUCCCUCCGGUCCAUCGUCAGCUGCAGCAUUGCCGGCGGCAGCGCAGAUGCCGACAUCGGCAGGACCUCUGGACAGCGCACAUGAUGCGCUGGACCCAGCGCACCUGCUUGGCGGGAGGCCGCCGCCGGCAUCGACACUGGUGGCUUCGGCACACCAGCCGCACCCACUGCCGGUGCAGCACCAGCAGCAGGCGCCAGCGCUUUGCGGCGCCUCCGCUGCGGGUGUGGCGUCUGCUGCCGGCACCCAGGAAGCGGGCGUUGGAGUGCAGGGCGGCUCGGGCGGGCGGGAGGACUACCACUACGUGGUGAUGGAGGUGCAGGCGUGCGGCAGCGGGCAACAGCACCUGCUGCGCCUGCGCUGCCUCAACCAGCACAAGGGCACGGAGCUGCUGGUGCUCCUGUGCGACAUGUGGGCGCAUCAGGAGGUGCGGCCGGGCGACAGCGCCAAUGUGCUGGGCGGCAAGCCGGUGGACGCGGGCGAGGCCUGCGCCGCGUUGGAGAUCAACGCCCAGCAGGGCCUGUUCGUGCUGCACCCCGACGUGCUGCUGUCGGGUACCAGUGUGAUCAAGGACUGUGCACGCCAGGCGUGGCUAGGCGACCGUGUGUCAGGCGGCUUGGGCAGUGACACGGCGCUGAGCGGCAACAUCAGCCACGAGCUGCUGCAGCGCUGCCUACAGCCGGCCCUGGAGGGUAGGCUGGACGAGGCGCGCGUGAGGCACGAGGCCCGGGCGGUGAUCCGUGCCCGGGCGCCAGAGCUGGUGCAGCAGGCCCAGCUGGCGCAGGACGGCACCUGCGAGGCCUCGGUGGAGGCGGGCCUGAGCGAGACGGUGCAGCAGCUGCUGACCUGGGUGCGGACCUACAUCGCGCCCGACGGGGCCGGCAGUGCAAGUAGCGCCGCCUCGGGUGACGUGCGGCUGGGCGGGCCAGUGAUCAUGGCCCCCGCGGGUGACGGGGAGGACGCGCCGUUGGUGCAGCCGGAGGUGCGGUGCCGGGUGGACGAGGUGCUGGACAUUGAGGAGAACAUAUGGGCGCCCAAAUACGGCAUCAAGGGCCAAAUCGAUGCGACGUUCCGCGUGUCGGUCAGCGCCAAGGACCCACUGCACAACCAGCUGACGCUGCACGGCGGCCUGGCGAGCGAGGUGCAGCGGCGGCAGCAGGAUGCAGGAGGGCACGGCAGCGAUGGCGGCCCGGCGCGUUACCAUGGCCACCGCCACCGGGCCUCUGACGGCGGCGCGCCCUUAUCCGCGCCGGGUAGCUCGGGGCUGGGCGGGAGUGGGGCGUGGCCGCAGCAGGCACCCGCCUGCAAUGGUCAGGGUUUGGCACCGGCGCUGCAACGGCAACACAGCUGGUCCGCAGGGUCCGGCGCGGCGGCAGCUCAGCAGGUGCAGCCGCUUCCAGGCGUGCAAACGGAGUCGCUCAUUGUUCCGUUUGAGUACAAGAGCGGCCAGUUCCACGGAGAACACAAGCUGCAGGUGCUGCUGUACCUGCUGCUCAUGGAGGACCGCUACCGCACCGCCGUGCGCAAGGGGCUGCUGUUCCACAGGGGCAUGCCGCACAUGGCCUCGGUGGCGUACAGCCACGCCACGCUGGCCAGCGUCAUGGUUAAGCGCAACCGCCUGGCAGCACACCUGGUGGGAGCCGCCUCCCGACCACCGCCUCCCCUAGGCAGCGGCAACAACGACGCUUGCAGUCGCUGCUAUGCCAAGACAGCGUGUGCGGUGUACCUGGCGGCGGAGGCGGCGUCUGUACAGGCGGCAGAGGCGGCAGCGCAGGGCGGCGCGGGAGGUGGCGCGGAUGCGGCAGCGGCAGCGACGCAGGCGGCGGGGGCGGGGCAGCCAGAGCAAUGUAGCCAGGGUCUGUCGGCGCGGCUGCUUGGAUCGGUACAUCCAGAGCUGCGGACCCAGGUGGCCAAAGUCCCGGCCGCCACGGCUGCCUUCUUCGCGCACUGGUGCCGCCUGGUGGACCUGGAGGAGCAGGCGGCGCGGGGCAGCCGCAGCGACUUGUGGGCGCUCACUGGUGAGCAGCGGGAGCAGCUCGGCGGCUGCGUGGCGCGCCUGGUCUUCUGCCGGGAGGAGGCGCCGCUGCAGCCACAGCACCUGCAGCAGCCGGGCGGGGUGGAGGGCGAGCCGCGCUACUGCUAUGUCUUCUCGCGCCAGGUCGCGCUGCCGCCCACGAGCCCUGCGGCCGCAGCCACGGGUAUGGCGUUGGCGACAUCCGGGGCGGUGGCAGCCAACGGGGAUGUGCUCGUGGUGAACGCUGGGCCUCCGGCAGAGGGCCCGGCGCCGCAGGUGGUGCACGGCGCCAAAGCCGCAGACGCGACCGGCGGGCUGUUGUCGGCGGGCUUCGCGCCGGGCGACAUGGGCGUGCUAAGCGUGGAGGGGCGGCACGUGAACGCGGCUCGUGUAACCGUGGCGGCCGUGACACAGGACACAAUCACGCUGUCCUGCCGCAAGCGCAUCAACAUCACCAAGCUGUCCGGCCCCGAUGGAGCCAUCACAAGCAACAGCAGCAGCAGCCCCGGGGCAUCCGCCCCCGGCCCCAUUGCAGCGCCGCUGACAUGGCGCCUGGACCGGGACGAGUCCGCCUCCCACUUCACGUUGCAGCGCAGCAACCUGGCGCUGUUGGCGCUGCCCGAAAUCGGGGCCAGCUACUCGUACAGCGGCCCGCGAGACAUGAAGCCGGAGCCCCGCAGGAGGGCCCGGGAGGCUGUCGCCUCCCAGGCGGCCUGGCGCACAAAGAACCUGGAGCAGCUGCGGCGGCUGGUGGUGGACCUGGAGCCGCCGCAGCAGGGCACCGGCUUGGCCGAGGUGGGCGGCAGCUCGCAGCACCCGCAGGCGGCUGCGGCAGCUGGAGAGGGUAGGGGCGGGUUUGGGAGUCAGGGAGCCAGUAGCCAGGUGUUUGCGCACAACAGCUACCUGCGGCGGGCGGCAGGCGGCAUGAACAGCGAGCAGUUGGCGGCGGUGGGCACGGCGCUGACCAUGUGCCACUACUCCAUCCUGCUGGGCAUGCCCGGCACCGGCAAAACCACCACCAUUGUGCACAUCAUCCAGGCGCUUGUGGCUUCCAAGGUCCGGGUGCUCGUGUCCUCCUACACCAACAGCGCCGUCGACAAUAUCCUGCUUAAGCUGGCUGACAGCCUGCAAGCCAACGCCAGUGGCGGUGGCGGCGAGGCUGUCAAGUUCGUGCGGCUGGGCAGCGCCCAUGCAGUGCACCCGGGCGUGCGGCGCUUCAUGCCUGGCGGGGCGGCCUACCCAGACACCUCCGUGGCGGGGCUGAAGCACCUCAUGAACACCGCAAACGUGGUGGGCUGCACGUGCCUGUCGGUCAACAGCCCGCUGCUGACGUGCCAGAGCUUCGGCGUGGUAAUCCUGGACGAGGCCAGCCAGGUGACGCUGCCGGCCAGCCUGGGGCCGCUGGCGCUGGGCCGCUCCUUCCUGCUGGUGGGAGACCACUACCAGCUCAGCCCGCUGGUGCAGAGCAGAGAGGCGGCGGCGGGCGGGCUGGGCGUCAGCCUGUUCCGACGCCUGUCAGAGGCGCACCCCCAGGCGGUGGUAACGCUGAGCAGCCAGUACCGCAUGUGCACCGACAUCAUGGCGCUCUCCAACGCACUCGUCUACAACGGCCGCAUGCGCUGCGGCAGUGACGCCGUCGCCACCGCGCAGCUGCACCUGCCGCAGCUGCCCGCCCUUGCCGCGCCGCCGCAAGCCGGUGCCUGCCCGCCCUCCUGGCCGGCCUCGCUCCUGCCGGCAGCGGCGUGGCUGCAGGCGGCGCUGGCGCCUGAGGCACGGGUGGUUUUCCUGGACACGGACGCCGCGCUGGGGUGCGGCGAGCGGGUGCUGCAGGACGGCGUGGUGAACCCAGGCGAGGUGCGGCUGGUGCACGGCCUGGUGGCGGCGCUGGCGGCGGCGGGGCUGCCGCCUGGCCAUGUGGGCGUGGCGUCGCCGUACAAGGCCCAGGUGGCGGCGCUGCAGGGCGCACUGACGGGCUUCACAGCCCCAGCGCAGCAGCAGCGGCUGGAGGAAUCGGGCGCAGCAGGCGGCGGUGUGGAGGUGCUGACCAUCGACCGCUAUCAGGGCCGCGACAAGGCCGCCAUCCUGCUGUCACUGGUGCGCAGCAACUCGGAGCGCGCGGCGGGCCGGCUGCUGGCGGACUGGCAGAGGCUCAACGUGGCGCUCACACGCGCGCGCACCAAGCUGCUGCUGGUGGGCUCCGCCGCCACCGCCGGUUCCAUUCCGCUGCUGGCGGAGCUGCUGCGGCUGCUGGCCGAGCGGCCAGGCGGUGUGGUGCGGCUGCCGCCCGACUGCUUGGAAGCCGUGCCAGCACUGCCGGGGGCAGCAGGUGCUGCAGGUACUGGGAUGGAGCGAUAGUAGAAGUGGGGGCGUGAGGGGCGGUUUAAAGUUAUGAUACGGCGUGGGGCCGUGGACAGGAGUACGUCGGUGGACAGCAGAUGAGUUGCAUGGAGCUGCAUGUUAUUGAGGUUGCGGUAUGUGUCGCCUGUGACUCCAAGGGUAUUACACUUUGAGUAGCUGUACGCGACGGCUUGCCCAAGAGUGGUAAAGUCCGGCAAGCCGGCAGGGUAUGGGGGACCCAGGGCCACCCAUGGCUUGUGGGGUAGCGGAGUUCUGUAGCGGCCGUCAUUGGGGCAUACGCAGUGAUGAGGACAUGGUCAAGGGUCCGCGCGCAAUCACGCAAAUAGACAAAUGGACAAAAGUCAACGAUUUCUGCGAGUGCAAGGAACGUGGAACUGCUUGCAUCAGGGUUUGCGGCUUUGUGCCACGGGCCGUCAGGUGCCAACACCUGAAAGCAGUGAUCACAGGCAGCCUGCCAGCGACGAGCUCCUGCACUUCAUUUCAGCAGGCGGCGCUCAGGGUGCACCUGGUAGCGCGUUACGAGAUUCUGCGUGGGCGAGCCUGGAUAUCUGCUAUUCUGCUAAAGCGCUGGGGGGCGCCUCAUAGAGCUGGGCAAGGUUGAGUCACAUAACUUGGCUUCCUGGCUAGUAGAGCCUGCAGUGAGUGCAGAGGCGCAGACCGCAAUCCCACCAAGCUCUCUCCGCAACACUCACCCGCGGGCUGCACCUACCCACAUUGUCAUCCAGGU